GGGCGACCCUUGCGUCACGAGGCAGUGACGAAGUUUACUUUCGUUUCGGCGGAGACCGAUGAGCGGUCGUGUCCGGACACGGGGAAGCGAAACCUUUACGAAACGAAACCUUCCACUCGGCUCGCUCCUCGGGCUGGGAUAAAACCCAGCGCGCAGGUCUGCACGUCCCCAGACGAAAGUCACGCUCUCCGACAUGUUGUGCUACUGCGGAGAGGCCGUAUGCGCGGGCUUUGGUUUAAUAAAGCCAGACAGCGUGAAUACUGCGACAUCUGCAAUCAGCUUCUUUCAUCCAAAAUCAAAAAUCUGGGAUUUAGCACAUGGGAAGAAUCUCAUUGGAUUCAUCCGCGGGGACGGAAACGUGUCCGUCAUGAAGCUGCACAUUGAUGGCGAAGUGAAGUGCGGCAAACUAAAGAGCUUAGACUUGAAGAAAGCCAAGAUCAGAGUGAUCAGCUGUGGAGAAGAUCAUGCACUUCUUCUUGCCUAUGGAGGCAAUGUUCUUUUUAUGGACAAGUCUAAUAUCUGCAGGCCUGUCAGAGACCUCAGUGGUAGGAAUGUAAUUCAGAUUGCAUGUGGAGACCAGCACUUCAUGGCAUUAACCAAUGAUGGUCAGCUGUUCACGUGGGGCCAGAACUCCAGCGGUCAGCUGGGUCUGGGGAAGGGGGAGCCCAGCUCGGUCUCUCCUCAGCCCCUCAAAUCUCUGUGUGGGAUCCCACUGGCUCAGAUCAGCGCUGGAGGAGACCACAGCUUCGCCUUGUCUCUCUCUGGAGCCGUGUUCGGCUGGGGCAGGAACAGCGCCGGACAGCUGGGCUUGGGAGACUGUGAGGACAGAUACUUUCCUACCUGUGUGAGUAAUCUCAGCAAGAAGAAGACAGUCUUCAUCGCAUGUGGAGAGGAACACACCGCCACUUUGUCAAAGGGAGGAACUGUUUUCACGUUCGGACUGGGUCGGUAUGGGCAGCUUGGACAUAACUCAUUCAGAGAUGAACUUUGUCCUCGCGUGGUUGCUGAGCUGUGGGGCUCAAAGGUGUCCCAGAUCAGCUGUGGCAGACAUCACACUCUCGCUUUGGUUGGCUCAUCGAAAACAAUCUACUCCUUCGGCUGUGGGGAGCAAGGGCAGCUGGGAAAUGGGCAGAGGACCAAUCAGUGUGUGCCACUUCCUGUAUGUCUGCCACCAGAGGCAAAUCAAGACCAUAAAAUUGAGAAGAUUAUUGCAGGUGGGAAGCACUCCUUUGUCUUGUGCUCUCUGAAGGAAUCUGAAGAUAGCUCUGUGAAUGCAGAGCCAAAACAAAGAAAGAAGAUUGUGACAUUAGGAGAGGGAAUGAUUAACAGAUGGGUGUGUAAACGUGACUCAAAUAUUAGUGGAGGACAGAGAAAAGCCAUCAAGAAGGAAAUAAAGACAGUGUUCUCUUCUGCAGCCUGCCUGAAUGGAAGCUUCCUUAGGAAAAGUUGUGACGGACACUAUGAAACGUCCACAAACGUCUCCGGUUUGGAUUUGGAAUCAGUGAGAACUGCAUUUGAGCAGAUAGCUGAGAGGGAAAACGUGUUGCUGGAGGUGCAGAAGGUGGUGGAGAAGGCUUUGUUGCCCUCCCUGGGCUCCGCCACAGCUGGUGUGGAAGCUCUAAGAAUCUACCUUAUCCUUCCCGAACUCCUCAGGGUGCUGAACCAGGGGCAGAGCGGGAUACAGCUCACUGUGGAGGUGGCCUCCGCUAUUUUGAAACUGAGUCCUCAUUUGCUCAUGGUUCUGGAGAACUACUGGUCUGAACUCCCUGACUGCUUCCUUAAAACCUUGGUGGAGCUAUUUCGCAAUGUGUCAGCAAACCUUAUAUCUCAGAUGACCAAUCACAGACAAGGAAAAUUCUUUGACAAAUCUCUAAAGAAAACUGUGAAAGUCCUCCAGAUUGUCCACAAGGCUGCCUCCAGAAGACAAAGAGAAAUCACCUCCAGAGAUUUUGUCAUCCAUGAGAUCAAUCAUCUGUUUGAAAUGUUGGAAGUUGUUAAGGAUGACCUACAUGCUAUUAACCAGGGACUUGCCUUGUUUAUAAACCCUUUGGAACUGGACUCAACCAAACAGUACCUUGAGCAUACCUUACAGAAUCUGAUCUCAAGUCCAUGCAUAUUUAACCUGGAGGCCAAAUGCAACCUGCUAAAAUCCAGAGCAGUGUGGGGGCUGUUCAGAUUGGAGCUAAGACGCACUGCACUCCUGGAGGACUGUUUUAGGCAGCUGAGAACUGCCAGUGAACUGCAACUUAAGUUGGGCCUGCAGGUUGUCUACCAGGAAAAAUUUGAACAGUCAGAUGUUAAUAAGAGGGACUUUUUUCACAAUGCGUUUCAAAUGUUGCGGGAGCCAUCUUCUGGAAUGUUCAUGUACAAUGACACAAAAUCACUCUGGUUUCCUCCAGAGCCUGGUUUGCAGGAGGAGAAAUACUUUGUGUUCGGAAUUCUGUGUGGUCUGGCCUUUUACAACAACAGUAGAGUCGACCUUCCCUUCCCAUUAGCCCUGUUCAAGAAGCUCCUCGGCAUCAAGCCAUCUGUUGAGGAUCUGGUUGAGUUCAGUCCUGUUCUUGCCAAGAGCCUGCAUUACCUACUGAGUUACAAUGAUGAAGAGUGUGUUUAACAUGGCAUGAGUUUCACUCCCGAGGAGCUGAGAGGAGUGUUGGUGGGGUCAGAGGACUACGACUGGGACACGUUCAAGAAGGUGGGAAGUACUUUUAUGCCCAUAUCCUGUCUUAAAGUGUUCCUGACGGGAUUUGAUCGAGUGCCUAUUCUGGGUAUGGACCAGGUGAAGAUGAGGGUCCGACCCAUGUUCAACUCCACCCAGGAGCACCUGCCACAGGCGCUGACCUGCCAUGCCAUCCUGGAUCUGCCCAUGUACCAAACCAGGGAAACACUCCGGACUAAACUCACUGAGGCCCUGAACCACAAACGGGGCUUCUGGGAGGAGGAUGCUGUCGUUGCGCUUCUUGGUGAAGACGGAAACGUGACCGUGGUAAUUCCGCGCAGACAGAGUGACAAGCGAAAAAAACAAGUGGUGAAAAGUGCAGGUGAGGCACGGAGCACCCAUACGCAUGGUCAGCUGUUCACGUGGGGCCAGAACUCCAGCGGUCAGCUGGGUCUGGGGAAGGGGGAGCCCAGCUCGGUCUCUCCUCAGCCCCUCAAAUCUCUGUGUGGGAUCCCACUGGCUCAGAUCAGCGCUGGAGGAGACCACAGCUUCGCCUUGUCUCUCUCUGGAGCCGUGUUCGGCUGGGGCAGGAACAGCGCCGGACAGCUGGGCUUGGGAGACAGGCAAGAUAGGUAUGUUCCUAACUGUGUGAAAAGCUUGAACCAGAAGAUGGCAGUGUUCAUUUCAUGUGGGGAAGACCAUAGUGCUGUUCUGACAAAGGGAGGUCUGGUGUUCACAUUUGGGUCUGGCUCUUACGGGCAGCUUGGACAUAACUCACUCAGAGAUGAACUUCGACCUCGUCUGUUAGCUGGACUCUGGGGGUCAAAGGUGAUCCAAGUAGCUUGUGGACGACAUCACACUCUCGCUUUGGUUGGCUCAUCGAAAACAAUCUACUCCUUCGGCUGUGGGGAGCAAGGGCAGCUGGGAAAUGGGCAGAGGACCAAUCAGUGUGUGCCACUUCCUGUAUGUCUGCCACCAGAAUGCGACCCUGGUCAGACAUUUGGCAAAAUUAUCGCUGGAGGAAAUGUUUCAGUUGCAUGUAGCCCUAGACAGGACGAGGAGCUACACUCCAUUUCAAAAACAAGUCCAUGCAAAGGGACAUCAGUGUUGCAUGAUGAGAUUAUAGACAGAUGGAUUUUAGAGUGUGACUCCAAAACAUGGGGACGAGCCAAAAGGGAAAUCACGAAAAUGUUUUCUUCAGCCUCCUGCAUAAACGGUAGCUUCACUGACAAAAGUGACAAACAUUAUAAAACGUCAUCAGAGCAGUCUGGUCUAGAUUUGGCUUUGGCUCGUCUUGCUUUCGAGAAGCUUGCCAAGAGGGACACGGUUCUUACAGAGGUGCAGAAGGUGGUGGAGAAGGCUCUGUUGCCCUCCCUGGGCUCCACCACAGCUGGUGCGGAGGCUCUGAGAAUCUACCUUAUCCUUCCCGAACUCCUCAGGGUGCUGAACAAACAGCAGCGAGGCACAUGGCUUACUGUAUCACUCGCCUCUGCCAUUUUAAACCUGGAUCCAGACACAUCAGAUGACCUGAUGAGGCUGUGGACCAGGCUUCCAUAUUAUUACUACAGAACGCUGGUGAAGACGUUUCACUCCGUGUCUGUUAACUUCAUGACUCAGUUGACAACUAAGAUAUGUGACUACUGGAAGGAACUAUGCUCCAUUCUAGGAGUUCUACAGAAACUGUAUACUAUUAACAACCAGAGAGUCACAGGAAUAAGUGAUGAGUGUUUCUACAUCAAAGAAGUUGGGGACUUUUUUGUUUCAUCCGAUCCACAGGAUGAACAAGGAAUGAACAUUUUUAGGAAUUUCAUGAAAAAAAUUAAUAUUCUUAGUUGCUACCCUUUCAUCUUUGACAUGAGGUGUAAGUGCAAUAUUUACAAACUUUUACAGCUUGAAGAACACAUAUUGAGGGGCUGUGAAAACCAACUGCUUGUGAACAGAGAAACAGCACUGGCAGACACAUUCACACGCUUGAAAACAAACCCUCUUGACUAUUCUCUUCCUUUAAAGGUGACAUUUUUACUAGAAGAUGGGUUGGAUUAUGGGGGUGUGCAGAAGGAAUUCUUCACCUUACUUGGACAGGAGAUAAAAGCUACCAGUGCAGUCCAAGCAUCUGAGGACUCUGGACUCCUCUGGUUCAAUACUGAGACCUCUGGUUCCACUGAUGAACUGUACUAUAUUGGUGUCAUCUGUGGAAUGGCCUUUUCUAACCACUGCUACAUGAAUGUGGGCUUCCCAUUGGCACUGUUCAAGAAGUUGCUGGGUCAGAGUCCAACUCUCCGUGACCUAGAGGAACUGUCCCCCGUGGAAGCCAGAAGCCUGAGGAACGUGUUGAUGGAAGAUGAGGAUGUUCUGGAGGAACUCUGUUUGGAUUUCACAAUGAAAGGCACAGACCUUAUUCCAAAUGGAAGAAAAAUCCCAGUCACAAAAGUGAACAGACAGAAAUAUGUAGACUUGUACGUUGACUUUGUUUUCAACAAGUCUGUGGAGUGCCAGUUUAAAGAAUUUGCUAGAGGUUUUUCUGAUGGCAACCCUUGGAAGGUCUGGAGUCUGUUCCUGCCUGAUGAAGUCAGAGAUUUGCUCUAUGGCACUGCUCAAUAUGAGUGGAACGAGCUCAGAAAGUGUGCCACUUACGAAAACUGUGGAGCCUCGGAUGAACUGAUACAGAAUUUCUGGACUGUUUUCUUUGAACUGUCUGAAGAAAACCAGAAGAAGUUUCUGACUUUCAUGUACGGUUCAGCCCGUCUGCCUUUAGGAGGUCUCUCACAACUGCACCUGAAGAUUGUGAGAUGUGUCUGCGCUGACGCAGACGACCGUUUUCCAGUGGCUCAGACUUGCUUUGGCACUUUGAAUCUUCCAAACUACAGCAAUAUCCACAUUCUUCAAGACAAACUAGUUCAUGCCAUCACCUUUUGUGAGGUUUUUGGAAAUAUGUAAAGGUUUGUUAGGUCAGAUAGGCAGUAGAGGAGACAUGGGGUCUUCUUUCUUUUUUAACGUACUAAGAGUAUGUAUUAAUUAUAGCAGGACAAUACAUUGCAUGUUUGGUUUAUGGAGUUCACUGUGCGGAGUUUACAUUUGCAUUUAUGGCAUUUAGCAGACGCUCUUAUCCAGAGCGACUUACAAAAGUGCUUUGUCGUUUCCUC